AUGUCAAUUUUAAGCCAAUCUAAACCAAUGAAAAAGGUUCCGAUCAUUGGCACUAUGCCUAUUAUCCUCGAUAUGAAUGUUGAUUCCUCUUCUGCGUCAGAAGGAGAGGAAAGUGGAGAAACAAAAGAAAUAGCUCAAAGCCUUGCAUGUUUAACAUCUCAAAAUGCAUACCAUGUUGCUCCUCAGCUUUUGUACGAGCUUCAGGUCGAGAUUUUUGCCCGUGUUCCAUGCCCUGAGUAUUGGAAACUACAAUUUCUCAACAAACAGUUUUCACAGUUGCUGAAAAGUAGUGAAAUUUUCCGAACGAGGCGAGAGCUCGGACUUGUGAAACCGUAUUUUUUUAUGCUAUCAAGCAAUGAUAGGCGUUGGACUAUGUUUGAUGAGGACUUCAAAAGUUCCCAGAGACUUCCAAAGCUCUCUUCUGACAUUAAUUUUUUCAGUGGUGAUAAGGAAACCACUUGUGUGGGUACGCAACUAAUCGUCAUCGGGAAAUAUAAGGAGGGCAUUACGGUGUGGCGUUACGAGCUUGCAAUGCACAAAUGGUUCAAAGGUCCUGAGAUGAUUACACCGAGAAUCAUGUUUGGUUCCGCAAGCCACGGGACAAACGCCUUUUUUGCCGGCGGAUUUAAGAUAAGUAAAAAUGGGGUUGAGGUUGUAAGCAUAGUAGAAAAGUACAAUGCCGAAACAAAAACAUGGGCAUCCAUUCAUCCAAUGCAUAGACGGAGGAAACUAUGUUCGGGAUGCGUCUUGCGUGGUAAGUUUUAUGUUCUCGGCGGUCAGAAUGAAAACAACGAAAACCUAACUUGUGCAGAGCGUUACGAUGAGGAAACAGAUUCUUGGGAGUUGAUACCAAAUAUGCUUGCAGACAUGACUUUAUCCAUUUUCCAAGCGCCUCCACGUAUUGCGGUGGUCAAUGGUAACCUCUACUUGCUAGAGACAUCACUGAAUGAGCUUCGCGUGUAUAAUGUAAACACAAACACUUGGAAGAAGCUUGGAAUUAUACCUGUGAUGGUACAUUUAACCAAAGGUUGGGGUGUCGCAUUUAAGUCAGUUAAAGAUAACCUUAUGGUGAUUGGAGCUUCCUCCAAUCGACCUCACUCUCAGAAAAUGGGGACCUACAAGUGUUAUCCAUCUCCAGACAUGGAAGAGAUUCAUUGGGAGGAGCUUUGUUGUCGUGGUGGUAGUCUUAAACAUUUUAUUCUCAACUGUUGUGUGAUGCUUGCUUAA